GAGCAGAGGUCAGAUGGGACAGGGGUGGCACUGAACGAGACAUCUUCAGAUUUUAAAAUUAAUUGCUCCUACGGUAAUCAAGGGGGGGUGGGAUGACAGUUAACGUUGUUACCGAUUGGCCACCAGAUCAUUGUUACAGUAGUUUUACUACAGGUGCAGAUAGAUUGGAGGACAUGUAGUUACGUCAUAACCAUUAAUUGUUGCCAACUUUCAACAAUGAGUUACUGAUGUGUGUGCCCUUAAGCUAUAGUAAAGGUUCAGUUGUUGACCCCGCGGAGUGUCAAAUAUGGGGACCCGGAUUAUUUCCAGACCGAAUUGUGAUGCCAGCUCGAUAUUUUUACAUCCAAGCAGUGGAUGAGCAUAGACAAAUGCUAAAGAAAUCCCCUGGAGAUGUGUUUGAAGUGAAUAUAACAGGAGAUUCUUCAUAUAAAAAUUGCAGAAUCUGGAUAAACACCUUGGACAGAAAAGAUGGAAGUUUCAUAGUAAGAUACAAAACCUAUUAUACAUGUCACAAUUUCAAGAUACGUAUCAUGUAUAAAGGUGUAGAUGUUGGAGCUUCACCAUACAUAAUUGAAGGUCCUGUUUAUGCUGAUAGAUGUUACUGCCCAGUAAAGUCAGUUUCUGAUUGGUUGAAAUCAUUUGGUUGCAAAAGUUCCUAUGAUCAAAUCAUCUCAGAUUUGAGGCCAUUUCCAAAUGUAAAUUUCACCGAGCUUCGAGGGGCUGCACUCCAGAAAUUUAAUCAUCCAGGCAGUAUGAGUAUCUGCAAUUAUGUCAUAAAACAGAACCAGGUGUAUAGGAAGUGUUAUGGUCAAUAUGUUGGAUUUAAAAUGUUUUUGGAUGCCAUCCUUUUGUCGCUGGCUCGGAAGGUUUAUCUUCCGGAUAUGGAAAUGCUCUUCAACUUAGGUGACUGGCCGCUUGCAAGUGUAACACAGAAACCACGCAUUCCAUUGUUCUCUUGGUGUGGGUCAAAUGAUACCCUUGACAUUGUCAUGCCAACUUAUGACAUUACAGAAGCCACCUUAGAAUGCAUGGGAAGAGUAAUGCUUGACAUGCUGUCAGUCCAGGGAAACAUAGACAAGAAAUGGGAUGAAAAAACUGAGAAAGCAUUUUGGAGGGGCAGAGACUCUCGUAGAGAGAGACUACAACUGAUUGACAUAGCACGUGAACAUCCAGAUCUCUUCAAUGCAUCCCUUACAAACUUUUUUUUCUUCAGAGAUCAAGAGAAGUACUAUGGGCCUAAGGAAAAGCACGUAUCUUUUUUUAAAUUCUUUGAUUACAAAUACCAGAUAAAUGUAGAUGGUACAGUGUCAGCGUACAGGUUUCCUUACCUGUUGGCAGGUGAUUCUUUAGUUUUCAAACAAGAUUCCAAGUAUUAUGAGUAUUUUUAUAAUGAACUUCAACCAUGGAAACAUUACAUUCCCUUCAAAAGUGAUUUAAGUGAUUUGGUCGAAAGAAUUCGGUGGGCAAAGGACAAUGAUGCUGAAGCUCAAGAAAUAGCAAGGACUGGACAAAAAUUUGCCAAGGAAAAUUUAAUGCCUCAAGAUGUGUUUUGCUACCAUGCAGUACUGUUGAAAGAAUGGAGUGAUCGACUGGUAGAAAAAGUGGAGGUGCAGGACGGCAUGGAUCACGUUGCACAACCUGAACCAGAGAAGCCAUACGCGGAUUGCAAUUGUCAUAGAUCUGAUAAAGCCGGGAAGGCAAACAGUUUAGACACAAGCAAAGAUGAUACGAAUCCUAGAGAUGAACUUUAAAAAUCAUCGUGUUGCAGGAUGUUACCGCCCUCGUGAUGUAACACUUCAACUUUUUGCUUUCAGUAUACAAAUAUUUUUAAUGUACGUACAGUGUUCAUUAUGGAAAAUACGUGUUGCAUGUACACUCGUAUAUUUUGUUCCAUUAACUGCUAAGCAAAUACUAUUUUCUACUAGAAUAUUAUUAGAAUGUAUAUUUUUGUAUUUUAAAAAUUAUAUGUUUAAGAAAUUAAAAAUGGUGUGAACUUGGUCCUGUCCUGAAUGAAGUGUAAAUCAAAGCAAUAAUAAGAAACCAUUAUUAUUGUUGAUACACCAAAAUGUGACUUUGUACCGGCGUCAGCAUCGUGCCCUUUUGGAAUGACGUACUUCCCAUAGUUUUAUGUUGUUAGACCAAAUACAGGUAGCCCUCGAUUUGCGCCGGUUCAGAAUAACGCCGA